AUGGCGAGGAUGAUAUCAUUACUUAUAACAUUGCUUUUAUUUAUUUUUAAUCUUUUGCUUUGGCCUGACAUUGCGGCGGGGACUGCUUUAACAUAUAAUGUUGCUGCUCACGAGAAGGCUUGUUUUUAUGCGUGGGUAGAUAAAGCUUAUGAGAAAGUUGGUUUUUACUUUGCGGUACAAUCCGGUGGAUCUUUUGACAUUGACUACGUAGUGACUGACCCAAGAAACAAAGUUGUCAUCAAUGGAAAUCGAGAACGACAAGGAGAUUUUAUAUUUACCGCGAAUUACAUUGGAGAAUAUUCAUUCUGUUUUUCCAAUGACAUGUCAACAUUUGCUGAAAAAUUGGUUGAUUUUGAGAUUACGAUUGAAAAUGAACCUCGUGCCGAACUACCACCAUCAAAGGGGGUAACUCCCGAGCAGACAAAUAAUAUGGAGGAAAGUCUAAUUAGACUGAGUGGCAGUCUAAGUACAAUCGCCAGAGCUCAAAAAUACUUUAGAACUCGUGAAAAUCGUAAUUUCUCUACGGUGAAGAGUACAGAAAAUCGUAUCUUUUGGUUCGCAUUGUUAGAGAGUGCGUUGAUUGUUGGGAUGGCAGCUUUGCAGGUGUUUGUGGUUAGAACUUUCUUUAGUACUACAAAACGUGGUCAUGUUUAA